ACUGAGUGCUAAAGUGCAGAGCUCAAUAGUACUUCUUGGGGGUUCCAGCGUGUUUUGUUUUUCUGGGUGAGGGUUUCUUUUAAGACAGUGUCUUAUGUGACCAGAACUUGUGAUCCUCCCGCUUCAGCCGCUGUGUGCAGAAGGGAUUACAUGGCCACAUCCUGCCAGCUUGUUCUUUUGAAAUGGAGUUUAUGAUCGCCUUUGUUUUGUUGAACUUUUUGAGUGAGGCUCUUACCCUAGGAAGAAAGUGGUCAGAGGAGAUGCUGGAGUCUCGGAGUUGGAGGAGACUGACUGUAGCAGUUCAAGUCUGACUGCAGAGGGACCCAAGGCCAGGCUCAUUGUCCUCUUUGUCAGAGACAAGCUGGAUGACAGUACCGGCUCCAAGUUCCUGGUGCUGCCUCUCGUUUGUUGUAUGGACCUAGUGGCAGGGCCAGCGACCCUGGGCCUUGGCGUCCUCUGAGAUGUGAAGUUUCUCUAAAUUGGUGCUACCGACAUGACUUGGCUUAAAUGUUUCUUCCUGAGUUUAUAAACGUCUCAAGACUUCCCUGAAAGUCAUAAGUUCCAAGCCGAGUAGUGGUGGCCAACACCUUUAAACCCAGCACUUGGGAGACAGAGGCAGGUGGAUCUCUGAGUUUGAGGCUAGCCUGGUCUACAGAGUGACUUCUGGGACAUCUAGGGCUACACAGAGAAACCCUGUCUCAAAACCGAAAGAAAAGAAAAAAGAACGAAUGAAAGUCACAAGUUGCAAUUGCCUGGGUCCGGCUUCUAUGUGUUCCCCAUCCCUACUGGCUCAUUUUCCUGAAGUAUGGGCUGUUGGCGUGGGGUUUACAACCACUACCACCACCACCACCAAACUCCCAAUUUUAAUGCAGGCUCUUCCCUGACACAUCUUCCAGCACUGCAUUUAUAAUCUACAGGGGUGCCCUGGCUUCCCAGGUUAGGGGUGGGGACAGGGGUCCUAGAAGGAAAGCAGGAUCUGAAGACUGUUUCAUCUUCCCUCCCACCUUACCACUGUCUCACCCCCUCCCCUGGGAAAGUGGAGUGGCUCAUCUUCUGUCCCUCAGCCUCUGCCCCACCUCCAAGAGGCCCUACCCACACUCAUGACCUUGCUAUUCUGAGCCCUGUGUUGGUUCUGUGGGGAGAUGGACAGGAGACAGCUGAGCUCAUAGGCUACCUAGGGUGGGGGUUGGUUGGGGGAAGCCUGCUGGCUCUUGUUUUAUCUUAUCCCUGGGGCUCCCCAAAUCUUGGCCUGGAUAGGGAUUGAAUUGGCCCUGUUGUGGAGGCUGGGCAGAGGGCGGCUUUAGACCUGUGUACUGUGUUCUCCAAGUGGGAUUGUUGGAUAGCCAAUGGCCAGCUAGGGCUGUUAACACCUCGGAGAGGGAAGGCCUGAUCCUCCCCUAAUCUCAUGGCAACUGGUGCUCAAAGGCAUACCUCCCCCAUGCCUUGCCAUCUUGGGGUGGGCAGAGAGACACCCCCAGACUACCAUGUUCUGGCUAGAAGAGCCCAAGAAACAAUGAGAUUCUCUGUUAAGUAUUUGUGGAACUGGACAGGAAUGGGUUAGGCUCUGCCUUCAUGCCCUUCACCUGUCCUCUCCCCUUUCUCAGUCAAAACUCAGGAGCAAGAACACUUCAAUCUUGGUGUAGUGGGAAGUGGUCUGAAAUUGUCUCAUUUGCCCUCUCCAGGGCAGGACACGGUGCAGAGAGAUGCCCCCUGCAGCCCUGCGCAGGUAGCUUUCUCUCUCUAGCCUUCCUUUAUCUAUCUGGGAAGCUGAGAAGAUAGAAAUGGAUAACCUCAAAGAGCCUCGUUGGCAGGAGUGUCCUGUAAAGCCUGCCUUCUUUCCUCACUCGCCUUUGAAGCUAACUUGCCCCUACACCAUGUUUGGGCAUUCCUGCUGCUGGGAGACAGUGGCCCUGUCACUCCUCCAGAUGCUGUUGGGGAAAAGCCAGCUAGGGCCCCAACAUCCAUGGGUGCUCAGCUAGCCUCUGGUCCGAGAUGGAGGGUCCUGAAGCAGGCAGAGAUGCCUUUUUAUGUGGCCUCCUACAUUCCCCCUCCAUUGUCUUAAGUCCUUCCAUCUCAGGUCACAGCAGGACUCCAAGGGAGGGGUUUGUGGGAACUGUGAAAAGAGGGCGGGAAGGAACACCUUGUCCUCACUUCACCCCUCCCCCAAGUCUGGGCAGAAGGCAGGAUGAAUCUGAGACUUAGUCCUUUAUUUCUAUCUAUUCGUGUUGGCCGUCCCUCACCCCAAACAAGGGGGGCUUCUUUUUGUUCUGCUGGGCUCUGCUUCUUGUAUUAUUUGGUUUGUGUGCUGGAGCCCUAGUGUGGAAGUGCUUCUUAGUUCUUCUCAGGGAAACUGAGGCCUGGGUAGAAGUGGGACCUGUGUUCCAGGGCUGCAAUACUGCUUGCUUGCCCUUACUGACUUUUUAAUCUUGACUCCCAUGGAAACUUUUCUGCCUCAGUUUCCGCUCUGCUUGCAUCCUGGGCCAUGUACCUUGUCUGUUCCUCCAGCAGCUGCCUUGGUGGAAACCAAAAAUGCCCCAAUGGCGAAUCGGGGUUGGGAAGGGUGGCUCAGAGCAGCUGCUUUUCGGAGGAAGCUGACACCCAGGCCAGUCCUUCAGCAACAACUUGUGUCUUUGCACCCAGCCCCCGGGACCCGCCCACUUGACCGUCACAGCCAGCACCCUGCUGUUUCUUUUCCCUCUCCUCAGUCUAGGGGAGUCUGUGUGUGUCUUCUUGUGUGUCUUCUACCUAGGUUCUAUCAUCUCUACCUAACCCCCCCUCCCUCUGGAGCCCCUGCUUUAUCUAACUUCAGGGGUCCUGCCCUUGGACUCGCUGGCAUGGGGCAGGCCCAGCCCCAAAGCGCUCUUUACUAGUCCUGAUCCUCACUCCCUCUGUGGGCUGUUGUAUCAGGGCCAGAGCUGCUGAGACCCCCACACCUCUGGGGUCAACGAUGAAGCCCAUGAAGCCCCUGGGACUAAAGGCCAGUGUGGGAUGAGGAAAUCCUCACCCUGAAACAUUUACCCCUCCCCCUCUGCCAUCAGCACAUUCUGUAGCCUCUUGGGUUACCUGACUGCCUGGGUGUCCCAUUUUCUUCGGGGGGGAUUCCCUGCCAGUUUCAAGGGGGAGCUAAAGGCUGUGUUCCCAGAGGCUGAGUUAGUACGGUAGUGGCGGGGGGAGUUUAGGAGACACGGACAGUCCUGGCUUUGCUCACCAGGGCCUGGACACUAAAUCCCUUGUUGAUGGCUGAGCAACCCCUCCCUGGGGUAAGGUUACCGUCUUCUGCCCUGUCCCCUUGACUGUCUCCCUUCCCCACUUCCCCUAUCUCUCUAGAACUACUUCCUCUGUCCCCCAAAGAUGCUUUUCCUGCUCUUUUGAUUCCCCCAAAAGCUUGGAGUACCUCCCCUGUUCUCUGAACACAAUAGGCAGGGGAGGAGACUGUGACAGUGGGAAGGGGCUCAGGAUGGUCAAGACAGGAAAGGGUGAAGGGGCAAUGAAGCCUAGGGAUAGAGGGGGCUGUUAGAGCGAGCUUGGAAUUGUGCAUUUAGUGUAACUGGGGAAGUUGAGGCAGCUGGGGGCAGGGUCAGUAGUAGAUAACGGAAAAAUGACUUUAUUCCCUGCCCCCUUCUCUGGGGCUGGGGCCACUCUUAUGAGUGACAUCUCAGGCUGCAGCCCCACUGUUCUUCUCUGUCAGCAGAAAUCUCUCUCUUCUGACCCCUCCUGCUGGGGUCUCAGCCAGCCAAUCCCUGAUCUGGAGGAAGGGGGAGCCUGGCCCCCCCACUCCCUCAUAAGGACCAGCUGGGGGCUGGGGGGGUGGCCGGCUGCUGCAAGUGGGACUGGGGUCAGAACUUCGUGGAAGGAAGAAGAAUCUGGGGGGGGCAGGCAAGAAAAAGGAAGAAGCCUAGAUCAUCAGGCAGGUGGACACACUGAAGAAGUCCCCCCUCCAGUGAGAGGCCCCUAAGAAGGAAUACAUCGCCCCCCUGGCCCCCAAGAAGGGAGCACAAUGGAGGCCGCACACUCCAAGUCCACAGAGGAAUGUUUGUCCUAUUUUGGGGUGAGCGAGACCACAGGCCUUACCCCAGACCAAGUUAAGCGGCAUCUGGAAAAAUACGGCCCCAAUGAGCUCCCUGCUGAGGAAGGCAAGUCCCUGUGGGAGUUGGUGGUAGAGCAGUUUGAAGACCUGCUGGUGCGGAUCCUUCUCCUGGCUGCCUGCAUUUCCUUCGUGCUGGCCUGGUUUGAGGAAGGCGAAGAAACUGUCACUGCCUUUGUCGAACCUUUUGUCAUCCUCUUGAUCCUCAUUGCCAAUGCCAUUGUGGGGGUUUGGCAGGAACGGAAUGCAGAGAACGCCAUUGAGGCUUUGAAAGAAUAUGAACCUGAGAUGGGGAAGGUCUAUCGGGCUGACCGAAAGUCAGUGCAAAGAAUCAAGGCUAGGGACAUUGUCCCUGGGGAUAUUGUGGAGGUGGCCGUGGGGGACAAAGUCCCUGCAGACAUCCGCAUCCUCUCCAUCAAAUCCACCACCCUCCGGGUGGACCAAUCCAUCUUGACAGGAGAGUCUGUAUCUGUCAUCAAGCACACAGACCCUGUCCCUGACCCCCGAGCUGUCAACCAGGACAAGAAGAACAUGCUGUUCUCAGGCACCAACAUUGCAGCCGGCAAGGCUGUGGGCAUUGUGGCCACCACUGGUGUGAGUACUGAGAUUGGCAAGAUUCGAGACCAAAUGGCUGCCACUGAGCAGGACAAGACCCCACUGCAGCAGAAGCUUGAUGAGUUUGGGGAGCAGCUGUCUAAGGUCAUCUCCCUCAUCUGUGUGGCUGUCUGGCUUAUCAACAUCGGUCACUUCAACGACCCUGUCCAUGGGGGCUCCUGGUUCCGGGGGGCCAUUUACUACUUCAAGAUUGCUGUGGCCUUAGCUGUGGCAGCCAUCCCAGAAGGGCUUCCUGCCGUCAUCACCACCUGCUUGGCCUUGGGUACCCGCCGGAUGGCAAAGAAGAAUGCCAUCGUGAGGAGCUUGCCCUCUGUGGAGACCCUGGGCUGUACCUCUGUCAUCUGUUCUGACAAAACAGGGACCCUCACCACCAACCAGAUGUCAGUCUGCAAGAUGUUCAUCAUUGACAGGGUGGAUGGGGAUGUCUGCUCGCUGAAUGAGUUCUCCAUCACUGGCUCCACUUACGCUCCCGAGGGAGAAGUCUUGAAGAAUGAUAAGCCAAUCCGAGCAGGGCAGUAUGAUGGGCUGGUGGAGCUGGCCACCAUCUGUGCCCUCUGCAAUGACUCCUCCUUGGAUUUUAAUGAGACCAAAGGUGUCUAUGAGAAGGUGGGCGAGGCCACGGAGACAGCCCUCACCACCCUGGUAGAGAAGAUGAAUGUGUUCAACACUGAAGUGAGAAGCCUCUCUAAAGUGGAGAGGGCUAAUGCCUGCAACUCGGUGAUCCGUCAACUAAUGAAGAAGGAAUUCACCCUGGAAUUCUCCCGAGACAGAAAGUCUAUGUCUGUCUACUGUUCUCCAGCUAAGUCUUCUCGGGCUGCUGUAGGAAACAAGAUGUUUGUCAAGGGUGCUCCUGAGGGGGUCAUCGACCGCUGUAACUAUGUGCGUGUUGGCACAACCCGUGUGCCAUUGACAGGCCCUGUGAAGGAAAAAAUUAUGUCAGUGAUCAAGGAGUGGGGUACUGGCCGGGACACCCUACGCUGCCUGGCCCUGGCCACUCGGGAUACCCCCCCAAAACGAGAGGAAAUGGUUCUAGAUGACUCAGCCAAGUUUAUGGAGUAUGAGAUGGACCUGACAUUUGUUGGUGUUGUGGGCAUGUUGGAUCCACCCCGGAAGGAGGUCACAGGCUCUAUCCAGCUGUGCCGUGAUGCUGGGAUCCGAGUGAUCAUGAUCACUGGGGACAACAAGGGUACAGCCAUUGCUAUCUGCCGACGAAUUGGCAUCUUUUCCGAGAACGAGGAGGUGACAGAUCGUGCCUACACUGGCCGUGAGUUUGAUGAUCUGCCCCUGGCUGAGCAGCGGGAAGCCUGCAGACGCGCCUGCUGCUUCGCUCGUGUGGAGCCCUCACACAAGUCCAAGAUUGUGGAGUACCUGCAGUCCUAUGAUGAAAUCACAGCCAUGACAGGGGAUGGUGUCAAUGAUGCCCCUGCCCUGAAGAAGGCGGAGAUUGGCAUUGCCAUGGGAUCUGGUACUGCUGUGGCUAAGACAGCCUCUGAGAUGGUACUGGCUGACGAUAACUUCUCCACUAUCGUGGCUGCUGUGGAGGAGGGCCGCGCCAUCUACAACAACAUGAAGCAGUUUAUCCGCUACCUCAUUUCCUCCAACGUGGGCGAGGUGGUCUGUAUCUUCCUGACAGCCGCCUUGGGGCUGCCUGAGGCCCUGAUCCCUGUGCAGCUGCUGUGGGUGAACUUGGUGACUGAUGGGCUCCCUGCUACGGCUCUGGGAUUCAACCCACCGGACCUGGACAUCAUGGACCGUCCCCCCAGGAGUCCCAAGGAGCCUCUCAUCAGUGGCUGGCUCUUUUUCCGCUACAUGGCAAUUGGGGGCUAUGUGGGUGCAGCCACUGUGGGAGCAGCUGCCUGGUGGUUCUUGUAUGCAGAGGAUGGGCCUCAUGUCAGCUACCACCAGCUGACUCACUUUAUGCAGUGCACCGAGCACAACCCUGAGUUUGAUGGCCUAGACUGUGAGGUCUUUGAGGCCCCUGAGCCCAUGACCAUGGCUUUGUCUGUGUUGGUGACCAUUGAGAUGUGCAAUGCUCUCAACAGCCUGUCUGAGAACCAGUCCCUGCUGCGGAUGCCGCCCUGGGUGAACAUCUGGCUGCUGGGUUCCAUCUGCCUGUCCAUGUCCCUCCACUUCCUCAUCCUCUAUGUUGACCCCCUGCCGAUGAUCUUCAAGCUACGGGCCCUGGACUUUACCCAAUGGCUCAUGGUCCUCAAGAUCUCACUUCCAGUCAUUGGGCUAGAUGAGCUUCUCAAGUUCAUUGCUCGGAACUAUCUGGAGGAUCCAGAAGAUGAGAGAAGGAAGUAACCAGCCCUUUCGCCCUGUCUUCCCCACCCUAAUAGCAACGCAUCUUCAGCCAGAGCUGACAAAGACCCUUCUCCCCCAAUUCUGUUUAUAAACAAAGUUCCCUACCCCACUGUCCCCCUUCAGCAACCUGCCCUCCCUCUGAACCUUGUAAAUCCCCUUCCCAACCUCACGGGGCUUGCAGGGACGAGGUGACUGAUUGAGAUGAGCUGCUUAUUUAUUGAAAAUAAAUGACAGAAAAGUC